GUUUUCAAGUCCUGAAGAUGAUCUUAAAUUGAGGUCAAAACAUCGGCGAUAAAAACAAAUAUAAAACUUAAAAAUUGUGCUUGAUUUCCAUCUGGUGCUGAGCUAAAAAGACAAUUGCGCUGUUCAGAAUCUUGUGGAUAUGAUUUUGCAUUUCGCCGUUUAAAGUACAAAGCCGCGUAUCGUCUGCAAAACCGCGUAACUCACAUAUUUUGCAAAUGCAAAUCCAAGACCAUCUCCACAAUAUCCUCCAUUCAGCCCUAGUAUAUUCAUUACAUGUGUAUAUGAUUUCAGCCUUUCAAGAAAUCGAAUAUGUGGACGAUAUUAAUGGGGAUCUGCGCUCCGCUACCGAAACAAUCAAGGAAAGCCCGAUCAAAGACCAAAACAUUGAUAUACGCCUCAACCCCUCGCUUGGAAAAGCACGGUUUCUACAACAACAAUCUUUGAACGACUCUAUGCCAAGUCAAACAGCGAAUGAUGUGGAGAUUAUUCAGGGCGCAGAGAUUGAAAAUACACUUGAUUGGAGCUCAUGGAAUCCAACUAGUUUGCGGACGAAAAAAGCUAAUAAGCUGGAGGUCAAAUCAGAGCAGAAAAAAAAUAAGACCAUUCCCGAUUCCUAUCAUUUGUUUUGAGAGGAAGAAAACAAAAGGGCGGUAGACAAGCAUGCAAUGGCGAAAGAAAAGCAUACACUCGAAGUAAAAGAAGCUCAGAUGAAAUUAGAACUUUUGCAAAUAGAAAUUGAUUAUAAGAAACAUAGAAGUUCUAGUCAACUGCUUUAAUCUAUAUCUAUUUCUAAAAGUUAUAAUUUCAUAUUAGAUGUGGUGUUCUGCCGCUGCUUAUAUUGAGAGCAGAAGUUUUAUACUGCUUUUUCUUUCAAAGUUGCAAUUUACAAAAACCCUUUCUAGAAAUUUUAAUUACAAUGUUUAUAAUUGGUAUGAAAAGUUUAUAAAAUUUUUUGGGGCAUAUUCGUAGGCAACAUAAAGUCGACUAUAAAGUUAGUUGCAGCUUUUUCGACAGAUAUUUCCUUGAAAAUAAUGUCAAAAAGCUGCAACUAACUUUGGAGUAGACAUUAUUUUGACUACAAAUAUGCCGCUAGAAUUUUUGAAUUAGUUAAAAAUUUUGAUUUUUAUGGUUUUUGUUAUAUAAUGAGCUAUACUGUUAUAGAAAAACUAACUGAUACCCGCGACUGCGUCUGCGUAGCUUACUACUUUUCGAUAUACCCUUGUGUCAGUUGAUUCAGUCAAGUGACACUUUGACUAGUUUUGGCUAUUUUUCUUUUAUUUAUAAAAGUUUAGCACUUUACCUAUCCAGCGGCACAUAAGUCCACAUUUAAAACUUCGUACAAAGAUUAUCAAAAUUCAACCUGGUGGUGUCAAUCUGGUGUCUGUCAAAAAUAGAUGUAACAUCUGAACUAUGUUGCCAAUAUUAAUGCUUACUCAGGUAGCUGGCUUAUUAAAAUUGAACUAAGUCGAACCAUAAAUAUGGAUUUUCUGAAAAUUAUUAUAUUGAUAUAGAUAUAGUACGCCGAAGUUAUUUAUAUAUUUUUUGGGUGCUCAUAAAUAACUUAGAACCAGUAUUUAUAUUAUUUAAUCUUUUUUU